GAAAUGGCUAACUACAUUUCCUCUGUUUUGAAGUCGCUGCUUCUGCUUCUUCAUCUUGUCUUCUUGAUUCAGCAGCAUGUUGAUUCUGCCUCUAUCGUCAAGUUUCUUCCUGGUUUUGAAGGGUCUCUUCCCUUUGAGCUCGAAACCGGGUAUAUUGGUAUUGGUGAGGAAGAGGAAGUGCAACUGUUCUACUACUUCAUCAAGUCUGAGAGGAAUCCAAAAGAAGACCCUCUUCUUCUCUGGCUAAGUGGAGGACCUGGCUGCUCUUCCAUCUCUGGCCUUCUUUUUGAGAAUGGGCCUCUGGCUAUGAAGCUCGAUGUUUACAAUGGAACUCUCCCUUCUUUGGUCCCUACUACAUAUUCUUGGACAAAGACUUCGAGCAUGAUAUUCUUGGAUCAGCCCGUUGGAACUGGCUUCUCCUAUUCAAGAACUCAACAAUAUAAUAAACCUAGUGAUUCAGGAGAAGCCAAACGGAUUCAUGAGUUUCUUCAAAAGUGGCUAAGCAAGCAUCAAGAGUUUUCCUCCAACCCAUUCUAUGUCGCCGGUGAUUCUUAUUCCGGUAUGGUUGUUCCAGCUACCGUUCAAGAAAUCUCCAAAGGAAAUUAUCAAUGCUGCAGUCCUCCGAUAAAUCUUCAGGGCUAUGUACUCGGUAACCCGAUAACAGAACAUGCAAUCGAUUAUAACUACCGCAUUCCAUUUGCACAUGGAAUGGCAUUGAUCUCUGAUGAACUUUACGAGUCGUUGAAGAGAGUCUGCAAAGGAGAAUAUGUUGAUCCACGUGACACAGAAUGCUUGAAACUCGUUGAAGAAUUUAGUAAGUGUACCAAAGGAGUAUGCCAAGAAGUUGUAAUAAAACCAUUGUGCGUAACUGAAACUCCAAAUUGCUAUGUAAGUAAUCCAAGUAUCUUGCCCUCUCUUAACCGUUAAACCAUUUGAGAAAAUAUAUAUAUAUAUAUAUAUAUGUAUACAAGGUUGCUUUUGCAGAUUUAUCGAUAUUUGCUAACUACGUACUGGGUCAAUGACGUGAAUGUACGCAAAGCUCUUCAAAUCAACAAGGUACCAGUUUGUUUUUUAAGUUCAUGGUAAAAAGAACAUUGUCAUUCUUAUAGGAGGGCCUAUGAUUGCAGGAGAGUAUAGGGGAAUGGGUACGAUGUUAUUUUGGUAUUCCUUACACUCAUGACAUUAAAAGUAGUGUACCUUACCAUAUGAAUAACAGCAUCAAUGGUUAUCGUUCUCUCAUUUACAGUGGUGAUCAUGAUUUGAAUGUACCUUUCCUUGCAACUCAAGCUUGGGUAAGAUCUCUCAACUAUUCCAUCAUUGAUAACUGGAGGCCAUGGAUGAUCAAAGAUCAAAUCGGGGGGUAUAUAAUAAUAAACUGAUUUUGUUUUUAAAUGGCUUCUCUUAUUCUUUCGUUUUAUAAGGCUCGAUCACUUCGAAAUUUACUCUUGACUCGUCUUACUUGGCAGAUACACAAAGACUUAUGCCAAUAAAAUGACAUUUGCAACUGUCAGAGCAAGUCUUUCUUCUUUCCUUUUUUUAAUCCACUCGAACAUUUUUAUUGCGGUUUAAGGUGUAUUAAGUUGUGGAUUUUGAUUAUAGGGAGGUGGGCACACAGCAGAGUACAAGCCAUAUGAAACCUAUAUCAUGUUCCACAGGUGGAUCAAUGGCCAACCUCUUUAAAAGAAGAGAGUGGCCUUUUAUGUAUAAAGGAUUAGAGUUUAUGGAUCUAGUAACCCAUUCUCCAAAUAUUUAAGAUAUGAUCGUUGUAUGCAAGCUUGGUUUGCCUCAAGAUAAUUGCAAAAGCUUAGGUUUUUUUUCCUUAUCUUCUGACCUGUAUAAAAAUCUUCUAAACAAACGUUGCACUUGAUGUAAAAAAGUUUUUUCGAAUAAAUUUAACAUUUUAUUCAAA